AUGACGUUCAAUCAGGACGAAGAUGAACUGUUCACCAGGGCCAUAUCUGGGUACCGCGAAGCAUUUUUGGUUCGAUACUCCCACCUACCGGAAGAGCAGCGAAAUCAACUCUGGAGUCGUCGGAUCAGUCCUUUUAUCCCGGCCAUCGAGCGGAACGACGCGACCCCGGGAAUUACGGGCAAACGGACUCGACAGGAUGCUAUCCCGCGGACGGUCCCCUCUGGUUCUGGUCUUCCGCAAGCGAAACGACGAGCCACCACCCCGGAUCUUCCGGUGACCGUCGAGCUCAGGCGCGCGCUCUCCCAAACAUCCACGACAGAUGGACCCCGAAAGGGUACCUCCUUCUCAACUUAUCGGCAUACGGCGCCCAUGGUCCGCUCCCAGAGUCAACAGAUCCCUAUCUCCCACUGGCACCCGCCCGCCGGGGUCAUGGGCAAGAGACCAUCUCUCGAAUCCCGGAGGACGCAACCGCCGCUUGAGCAAGUCAUCGAUGAGUACUCGCCUUCCGAAUACACGGAGCAUCUGCAAUUGGACGACACCGACAACCAGUCAUAUCCCUCGGGCUCUGGCUCUGGCUCUGGUCCUGGUUCCGCCUUGUCGCUCGGUCUCGCUCAUGGAUCGACUGGACCACCUCUGCAAAUCCAUGACGGACAGAUUUCCCCCGUGGCCGACAUGUCUCCUCCGAGAGCCGUCGACAUGACUCGCAGCGGAACCGCCGAUUCCAUCAUCAACCACUUCGACAGCUUUCAAUUUGAGCAAGCGGCUCCAAACGCGGAUCUGGACUUGGCUUCCUAUUCCAUUCCCCCAGAUUGGGUGCCAACAUCCACAUCUAACCUCCCUUUCCCUUCCCCCAUCUAUCCUGACCUAGAUUCCACCUCUUUCCCAAUCCCCUACGCUGCAUCCUUUUCCACCUCUGCACCUUGCACAACCUCCUUCCCACACCCAUUUCGACAGACAACCCUCCCUUUAUCCGGUAUCGAACCCGCGUCUUCAGUGGACGUAAAACCCAUUAUCUCAACAGAAGAAAGUCAAUCCUCCCGUGCCGUGCGCCGCACUCAAGAACAGCUCGCCCACGCAACCCGCCCUAUCGCUCCAAAGCGCGAAUCCCACGACAGCAACACAGGCACAAUCCUCCUCCAAGACAGCAAGAUGCCACAUAAAAUGGUCCGCAUCUCGCCCACGGACGGUACAGCCAAAGAAGUAGCAGCCAUACCCAAAGCCUCGAUCCACCGGCCACCCCGCCAAAAGACAUAUUGCACGCUCUGCACAGAUCAACCAGAGGGAUUUCACGGUGAACACGAACUCCGCCGCCAUAUGGACCGCGUACACGCCACCGUCCGCAAAGUCUGGGUCUGCGUCGACAUCUCGCCCGAUAAGAGCUUUUUAGCCAACUGCAAGGCAUGCCGAAACGGGAAAAAGUACGGCGCGAACUAUAAUGCUGCGGCGCAUUUGCGACGUACGCAUUUCAAUCCUUGUCAGCGGGGUCGUGGGGGAAGAGGGAAGGAUAGUGAGAAACGCGGUGGGAAGGGUGGGGGUAAUCAUCCGCCUAUGGAAGUUCUGAAGCAUUGGAUGAGGCAAACUGUUGAAAGGGCUGGUGAGAACGGCAAUGGACGUGAGAGUGCUGAGUUAGAAGCCGAGCUGGAGCUUGAAUAUGAGCAGCAGCAGUGUGGGAGUUUCGGAUCUGAUUCUGUCCUGGAUGAGUGUGUUGGUGGUAAGGAGCGUAAUCAGGAUCAUGGACUUGAUGAUGUCGAUCCGGAUCACGAGGAGCCGAAUGUUCGUUUGAAUCCGCAUGUGAAUCCGCAUUCACAGCCCCGCUCCAUGGCCCCCCACGUCUCCUCAUACGGGAUGGAAUCAACCCUGAUGCAUGGGUUCGAUUCGUACCCUGUCCCGGGCUAUGAGAUUGAUCCCUCGCUCGAUGUCCCAUUCUACAUGGACUCUCAGCCUCCAUUUCCCCCGGAGAUGGAGUCGUAUGUGAUGUGA